AUGAAGCUCCCAGCUACUCUCUCCGCAGCUCUCCUGGCCGUGUCUGCCGCCGCGCAGUUCGACAAAAACCUCCCAUGGGGUAAACGCGACUACGCCUGCAUCAACGUCUACCAAGGCAUCCCCGACCAUUCGACCGUCGCCCCGGGAGCCGAAAUCACCCUGAAGUUCAACCGCGAACCGACAGGGCGCUGCGACUCCAACCUUUCCCAGUACCCGGGUACUCCCUACGCCGUGUGGCUGUAUAAUAACCCGGUGCGCAACCGCGAUGUCGUGUCCUGGGACCAGAGGGUCAAAAUCACCGACGGGGUGGACGAGCAUGGCGGUGAAGUGACGAUCACCAUCCCUGAGGAUUUGCCUGCUGUCGGCGAUGACUCGGUUUGGUAUUUGAGGGUGGAUACGGUGCUGUCGACGGCGCCGCAGAUGCCGAGUUUGUUUAAUGCUACUGGACCGUUUGCUAUUCGGGAGUAG